UCCGGUCGCCUGUGCGCCAUGCUAACAACAACAACAACAACAACAGAACAGUACAGCUGGCUGCGCCUUGUUUCAAUUCGUCACACUAAAAAAACACGGCUUGGUGUGAUAUUUAAUUUUUCAACAAGCGUAUAAGAGAUGGUUUAUUCAUCCAUACAGCGUUUCAAGUUAACGUUAAACGUUAUCAUUUAGCUGAAAUAGAGGAUAUAGCGAGCUACCUAACUAGCUACCUUGGUUGUCAAGCCUCAGGCCUGAAGCGGUAACGACAGGUGAAAACUCAGGUAACAUCUCCGAGAAAACGGUCCACUGACCUGAAGGCAACAUUAAACAACUGCUGCACGUCUCACAGAAGAGUCCUCACGAUGAGAGGCUCGUACGGAGACAGAGACAGAGACCGAGGCCGUGACAGGGACAGAGACAGAGACAGAGACAGAGGAAGCCCUCGUUUCGGGUCCAGCAGAGGCGGCCCACAACCGGGUAGAAAGUUUGGGAACCCCGGGGACCGUUUACGAAAGAAGAGAUGGGACCUGGAUGAGCUUCCCAAGUUUGAGAAGAACUUUUAUAGUGAGCACUCGGAAGUGCAGCGAAUGAGCCAGUAUGAUGUUGAGGAGUAUAGCAGUAAGAAAGAAAUCACUGUUCGUGGUUCAGGCUGCCCAAAACCCAUCACCGACUUCCAUCAGGCACAGUUUCCCCAAUAUGUAAUGGAUGUACUGAUGCAGCAGAAUUUCAAGGAGCCCACAGCCAUUCAGGCUCAAGGUUUCCCUCUGGCCCUCAGCGGGAGAGACAUGGUGGGCAUCGCUCAGACUGGCUCUGGGAAGACCUUAUCGUACCUCCUGCCUUCCAUUGUGCACAUCAAUCAUCAGCCCUACUUGGAGCGUGGAGAUGGACCCAUUUGCUUGGUUCUGGCCCCCACAAGAGAACUGGCGCAGCAGGUCCAGCAGGUGGCGUACGACUAUGGAAAGUCAUCCCGCAUCAAAAGCACUUGUGUGUAUGGAGGUGCUCCCAAGGGACCUCAAAUCAGAGACCUUGAGAGAGGUGUUGAGAUCUGCAUCGCCACUCCGGGUCGUCUGAUUGACUUCCUUGAGGCCGGAAAGACCAACCUGCGACGCUGCACAUAUUUGGUUCUGGAUGAAGCUGACCGCAUGCUGGAUAUGGGUUUUGAACCACAGAUUCGCAAGAUUGUGGACCAGAUCAGGCCCGACAGGCAGACCCUGAUGUGGAGCGCCACCUGGCCUAAAGAGGUUCGCCAGCUCGCAGAGGACUUCCUGAAAGACUACGUCCAGAUCAAUGUUGGAGCGCUAGAACUCAGCGCCAACCACAACAUCCUUCAGAUAGUUGAUGUCUGUAUGGAGAGCGAAAAGGACCACAAGUUGAUCCAGCUGAUGGAGGAGAUCAUGGCUGAGAAAGAGAACAAGACCAUCAUCUUCGUGGAGACCAAGAAACGAUGUGACGAUCUCACGCGCAGGAUGAGACGUGACGGGUGGCCAGCGAUGUGCAUUCAUGGAGACAAGAGCCAGCCAGAGAGAGACUGGGUGUUAACAGAGUUCCGUAGUGGCAAAGCUCCCAUCCUCAUCGCUACCGACGUGGCCUCGCGUGGUUUGGAUGUGGAGGAUGUCAAGUUUGUCAUCAAUUAUGACUAUCCCAACUCAUCGGAGGAUUACAUCCAUCGCAUCGGUCGCACGGCCCGCAGCACCAACAAAGGCACCGCCUACACCUUCUUCACUCCGGGGAACCUCCGCCAGGCCCGCGAGCUGAUCCGGGUGCUGGAGGAGGCCCGACAGGCCAUCAAUCCCAAACUGCUGCAGCUGGUUGAUACUGGACGUGGAGGAGGUGGUGGCCGCCCUCGUUUUCGUGGCGGCUCCAAUUCCAACAAUCCCAACCUGAUGUACCAGGACGAGUGUGACAGGCGAAUGCGUUCUGUGGGCGGGGGCGGCAGCGCCAAGGAAAGCCGCAGCAGCACCAGCAGCAGCAGCUACGGCCGUGACAGCCGAGAUAGCCGCAGAGGAAGCAGCCGGGAUGGGGACCGCUCAUCCUCCUCUUCCUCCUCUUACAGAGAUCGCAGCAGCAGGGAUGGAGGGCGCAGCUACGGCUCCGGCUCCAACUCAAACGACCAGUACCAGAAUAACAACAACAACAACAACAGCAGCAGCAGCCAGUACAGCAGCUCCAGGGGCAGCUCCGGGUCGGGGGGCGUCGGAGUGGGGCAGGCACCACCAUCUUCAUCGGGUCCACAGCCUCUAAUGGCCAAGCAGUUCAACCCUCCCCAGCCCAUGAUGGGCCUGAUGGGGCACUCCCCGUUCCAGUUUGCUCCCCCACAGCCACCUCCUCCGUCAGGCAGGAAGUAAUGUGAUCUGUGCACCAGUCACACACUACACCCAGUCACACAACCCGUCUUGAUUUUGCCGGGGUUUAACCCUCUGCAGUUGACCACCGUAACAUCAACAUUUCACAUCAGCGCGCUGUGUUUUUCAAAUUAAUUUCUUCAACAUCAAGCCAUCAAAACCAUUUGGACUGGUUUCCCAGUUUGUUUAAGUGGUAAACGCCUUUUUUGACUUUUUAUUUGAAGUCAAAUUAAUCCGCAUUCAUUAUUUAGUUUGACAGAAGCUCGUCUGUGUCAUUUGACUGAGUUUGUAACGAUGGUCUUUUUGUACGAUCAUGCUGUUUUUUGUAUUGUGAGCCGCUACAUAGGAUUUGUGAAGUAUCUGAUUUUCCCCUUUAGGUGUAUCAAAGGUAGGUGCUGAAGUUAAUUCUUGUAUAUAGGCUUGUUCCUAUUUUAGGUUAAAUAUCUUUAUUUUUGUGUUUGAAAGUGUGCAAGCCACAAGAUCAAUUUGAAUUGAUUUAAAUAAAAAAGCUUGAGCACAGUUAGGAUUAAAAACAGGUUUUCCCCUAAAAGUUUUUUUUUUUCCUUCUUCUGAGCAUUUUCUUUGAAAUUUAUCUUGAUGUUUUCAUUAUAUAGAUUUGAUUAAUUUAGGCCUUAUAUAGAGGCAACUCUGCAGGGGCUUUGUUGUCGCCAUGGCAGACAUUAAAGUUGCAUAUAAAUGAGCUUUUUUUUCACAUUUCCAAGUUAGUUUCAGCUGAGACUCCAUAGAGUCAGUGAGUCACCAGUGUGGGCAAGACUUUGCUGCAGUGAUGAUUGAGAUUUUCCUAGCAAAUAGUAAGUCCAUUUUUACAGUUUAAUAAAGCUCUUCAGUGUA